GUAGCAGACAGAGGAGAGGACAGAGGCGAACCUCGACGGCGAGACCGUGAGUCGAGGUGAGUGGUGACCGGAAAAGGACUGCGACGAGUGAGUCGGGUGACGGAGCCCACUGGCGAGUGGCGACGACAUUCUGCGGUUCGAGCCUGUAUUCCACUAUUCCUUCCUACUCUACAAGUAGAGUGCGUUUGUGCAGUUUUGCUUCAAUGUCAGAUAAUGUGUGCCUUUCCAGUGAUUUGUGGCCUGAAAUUCUCAAAAGGGUUCCUGCAAAAGACGUGGGAAGAUGUUGUUGUGUGUGCAAAUCAUGGAAUACCCUGAUAAAGUCUCCAUCUUUCAUAACUGCCCACAUUGGAUUUGCCCAGACCCACCUUUUCUUUAGGCACGUAACUCUUACUCCUAGCUUCAAGGAAGAGCACUUUACUCAUUUUGCUGAUGAGGCUCACCAUCGCUGUGACCUUGGAUACCCUCCUGUCAAGACGUGGCUGUCACAUUUUCGUGUUGUGGGCUCUGUCAGUGGUUUAAUAUGCCUGUCUGAUGAUCUUUACGCUAACCCAGAGAAGGAAACUAUUGUUCUUUGGAACCCUGUGGUGUCUAGGUAUGUCGACCUUUCAAGGCCCAGGGAUGUUGGCAAAAAAUGUGAGCGUGUUAUUGGGUUUGGGUUUGAUUCCAAAAAGAAUGACUAUAAAGUUGUGCAUUUGAGUUACAAUGUCAGUGAGAAGCCAUGUUUUAAUGUAACGCCUCCUAAGGCUAGGGUUUAUUCAGUUAGGGAAAGGGCCUGGAAGUCUAUUUCUGCUGAUUAUGUGCAUUGUUGUGUGCUUGAUUACUACUGGUCGCAGUGUUUUGUUAAUGGAGCUAUCCACUGGCUGGCCUAUGAGAAAGGAAAAAAUCAUGGUUUUAGCAACAAUGCUUUGCUACUGUUUGAUGUGGAAAGUGAAAGGUUUAAGAAAAUGAAGUUCCCCGAGGCACUCAGAGAGACGUGCCCACUCCUACUCUCUGUUUUUGAGCUAAGGGGUCAAUUAUCGUUGAUGGAGUAUGAGGUAAAAGGCGAGUGGAGGAGUCGGUGUACCAUAUGGGUUAAGAAAGAGUACACUGUGUCAACUUCAUGGAGUAAGGCGGUUACUCUUAAGUUGAAUGAUUGGAUGGGGGAGGUUCUAAGACCAAUCGAAAAUGGAAGAAUGCUUAUUGUUGCUAGGGAUGGAUGUCUUAUUUCAUAUGAUCUUAAGAAGAAACUCACCACUAGAAUUGAGCAUGGUCAUCCAGAAGGGUUCUAUGUUGGGGCUUACACUGAAAGCUUGGUACUCCUAGAUGACGAAAGUGGUGCAUCUUCCUAUCCAAAGAACACAAAAAAGAGCAAUAGAAAGGACCGCAGCAACAGUGACAAGGCAGGUAAACGUGAAUGGUCUGACCAGUUUGAAGCACUACUCCUCAUGUAUCAAGACACAAGAACUGCAACCCAAAUGCAAAAGCUGCAAUGGGUGUUUUGAAGUUUCGGAUUCUGUUCAAGUGUUAUAACAAUUCUAAGAGUACAACAUAUGUUUUUGGUAUUGGAAUGUUGAUGUUUUUUUGGGGGAGUUCGCAGGUUUUAAGAAUGCAUAAUUAAGGUGUUGUUCUGCU